AUUCUGUGGUGUCAGUGAUAUCCACAAAGUUAACCUCAAUUCCGUUUAUUUUUUUUAUUCAAGAAAAAAUAAAUAGUUGAUAUAAAAUGUCGAUUUAUUUUAGUGGAAGUUUCUCGAAAUCGGCUGGAGUAAUCAGUGCAAUAAUAAAACAGCUCAAUUUGGUGAAUUUAAAGCCUGUUAAAAAGAUUCAAAUAAAAUUUGAUCCAUUUCAUCCGAAUGCCGUAACGGCAAGGGAAUUCCUUUAUCAUAUUUCUACACCAAAAGUUGUUGAAACUAAUUUGAAUUGUUUGAUCAAACCUGUAGUUGUUUGUGAUAGAAGUGAACCAGAGAUACAGUUGGAUCUAGUAGAAUCUGGGAGUGUUAAGUUCCUAGCAAAUAAUUUAAAUGUUCUGGAAAUUUUGCAACAUAUAAACAAACACAUUAGUUCCAAAGUGGUACCAGAAGAAACAUUGAGUACACCUAUUGCAAAAUUAGUUUCUAAAAAACAAAGGAGGAAGUAAUGGGUCUUAAAGCAAAGAAAGGAGAUUAUCUAAUCAAAGUAGUGGAACAUGUAUAUGACCAGAUUCCACCAUUUACAGAUGUAUUCAAUGAGGAUACAUUUUAUGUUACUGUUGUGGCAGUAGUUCUUAGCACAUUUGUUGUAGUUUUCAUUUUGUCUAGAUUUAUAACUUUGAAGGAAGCAAAUAUUUAAAUUAUUGGUCUUCAAUAAAUUAUAUUUUAUAUUCAAUAAUGUUUUUCCCAGAAAUAAUUGUUCACAGUCUGGUUUUCAAUGUUGUAAAUACAAAUGAAACACUUUUCA